AUGUACGAGCCUCGGUACUACGACCGCCCCCCCGUGUACAGCCCACCUUACAGCACCACCUCCCACAACUUCUAUCCCCCGAGAAGCGUCCGGUCCCCCCAGAGCCAGUAUGUCCCCUACACCUACAACCACCCUCCGGACUCCUACUACGCCGAGGAGAGGCCUCAACACUUCUACCGCUGGUUCUCGCCUCCUGGCUUCGUCAAAACCUUCCAAGGAGCCACGGUGCUCAUGUGCUUCCUCAUCUUCGCCCUUGUGGCUUCGACCUUGGUGUGGGACAUGAAUGGAUUUGGGUACGGGGGCUACGGUGUUGCGGAUGCAGGAGGUGUCAGUGGGGUGGGGUCUGGAUAUUAUGGAGGCAGCUAUGGCUACGGCGGCUCGUACAUGACGCCGCAGUCAGCCAAGGCAGCAAUGAUUUCCAUGGCGGCCAUCAACUUCCUGGUCUCGCUGGGGUUCCUGGUGGGGAGUUUCUCUCGGUCGCGGGUCAUGCGGGGAUGCAAGUUUUACCUCGCUGUCUUCAUCUGUGAUAUCAUCUUAGCCGUCCUUCAGGGCAUCAUCGACAUCAUCUUUGUGAUCGGGGUGAACCCGAUGUCUCAGAGCUCGCAGAGUAUGUUGUACAACCCCAUGCUGAUGAUGUGUCAGAACAUCCAGGGCAGCCCCAGCUUCAGCGCCAGCGCGGGGGCCGGUUUUCCUGGAGGGUUCCCCAUGUACAAUCAAUACCUGCACCACUACUGCUACAUGGACCCCGAGGAGGCGGUGGCGUUCGUGUUGGGUCUGUUGGUGGUGUUGGCCUUGUCCCUCGCUGCUUACUAUGCCUACAAGACCCGCAGCAAGAUCUGGCGCCACGGAAAAGCGAACAUCUACUGGGACGAGCCGCUGGUCAGGCCGUCGGAGAGCCAGGACGUACAGGACUGGGUGAAUCACGUCGGAGAAGCUCGCAGCACCCAGCAGGCGCCAACGGUCGUCGUGUCGGAGAGAGCGGCGCCGAACCUGAGGGCGGGGAACAGCGUGGUCUCCUACGGCAACGGAGCAGUCAGCAUCCACGGUGACGGACAUCAGAAGAGUAACAGCUUCCCUGCAGACAACAGUAACGGCCGCGGCACCGAGCCUCUGUACCAGAACACCAGAGCAGCAGUCUGCUCCAGCAGCUCGUCGGACGAGGCCGACAGCGCCAGGAAGCCUCCGCCUUACUGCAUGAAGAAGGAACCGAGGAAGGGCAGAGAAGCUUUACCCACCACUCAGGUGAUGGUCGAGUCCCAGUACGAAACCGGGUACACCACAGGAGACACCGGCAACGAGCUGGACCGGGACCACACGGGUUACCUGUACAGGCUUUAUCCAGAAAUCAUUUCAGACGAGCAGCGUCACAGGUACAAGAAGGAGUUCGACUCGGACCUGUCGCGCUACAAGAGCCUCUGCACCGAAAUGGACGACAUCAGCGACCAGAUGCACAAGCUGAGCCGGGAGCUGGACACAUUGGACGAAGGCUCCAUGAAGUACCAGGGUGUGGCAGACGAGUACAACCGACUGAAGGACCUCAAAAAGACGGCUGACUAUCAAGCAAAGAAGAAGCAGUGCAAAGAACUUCGGCAAAAACUUUUCCACAUCAAACGUCUGGUGAAAAUCUACGACCAAGCUCCUCCUGGUGCCGCCCGUCCACCAGAUUCUCACCCGUUAACUUCGUCUCACAUCGUCCACAGCAGCAGAGACUCGCUCAGCUCUGCCUCCUAUCAGCUGUAA